GAGGUGACAUGCAUUAAAAGAGGACGUUGCUUCCGAUUCUCGUAACCAUCACAUGGGGAUGUGUUGGACUCACACUGACCAUCCACUCAACACGUGAAGGUCAUUCUGUAGUCUCUGAGUCACGCUGGAGGCUGAAUCAAGCUGUUGAUGAUGCACAUGUGAGUCCUAUCCCUUCCGCGUCGACAAACUCCCCAACAGGGCGAUCCUUGUAUGACUCAAGCUUUUGAAAGCCAGCAUUAUUCAAGCUCCAUACACUGAUCAGUGACGGCAUAUCAGGAAGUCGAAUGAAGUUUCUGGUCUGAAUCAAUUAAAGUCGCCCAGUGUUCCUGAGAAGCUUUUACCAUGGCAGGAGUACGGCAGGGUUGUGUGCUGGCCCUUAUUGUUUUAAGCUGUGUUACUGGAAAAGGUAAAGGAUUGGACGUUUUCGUCCCACAUUUGAUCGAGGUCUUCAGCGGUCAAAGCGUCACAUUUGACGUGAUUUACACGCCCUACACGACAAGCGACGACGUCACAAUCAACGUCACGAAGCAAACAGAGGAGCUGGCCGUCAUUAAAGUUGGUAAUGGCUCGAUGGCCCAGAUCCAACGUUUUGGGAACUGGUCCAGACGCGUGAAACUGCAACAACUGGAGGAAAAGUUCUUCGUGACCUUGCAGACAGCUGCUGUUGGAGAUGACGGGGAUUAUGUCGUCACUGUCAAGGUCAACAAUGCCCUCAAAGAGAAGCGCAUGCAUAUAGGCGUUCUCGAGAACCCCGAUAAUGUCAACAUCGAGAUCGUGAAUGGCAACCCAGGGCCCUUCCCAGAGAAAACACCAGUGCAAUUCAUGUGUAGCGGGGUCGGAGGAAGGCCGUUAGGGGAGAUAACUCUCGCAAGAAAAACUUUAGGCGAUGUGACUUAUGUCCCCUUGAUGGCUGAUCUCUUGAACAAGACUGUAGAUGGACGAGAAUUUAACUACACGUUUGAACGGAUUGUGGAUCAACAGGAUAACGGUUCCAUGUACGUGUGCCAAAUACACAAAGGGCCGUUCUUCCUGAAAACUGGACCCCUAAAGCAGAGUUCUCCCGUGGAAUUAUCCGUAGAAUGUGAGUACCUUUUGUUGUUUUGUGUUAUUUUUUUCACACCAGUAUUUAAUGGAGGUCUGGAAUGA